CCUGGCUUGGAACUGACUGUUGAAGCUGCAAGAGGUAGUCCUUUGUUGAUUGUUUUUGGAAUACAAAACCAUUCUGAGCUCAGAAAAAAUGCACCUCUGUUACUCCCCUUUUCCUUUCAGAUGUGUGUUUGUAUUUCAGAGAGCAAAGGUCAGGAACUGAAAACCACAAAACAAAUUGAAAGUGCCAGCAGUGUCAAAGUCACCCUUUCUUGGAAAAGGAGUGGUUGUGGGAAAUCAGUGUAUGAUUAAUCAUUAACUGGAAAAAUCUACAGCAAGAACAACAGCAUAUCGCUUUUCAUGCACUGGAAGCCGAAUCAUGAAUAUUAUUCCACUUUCAGGCGCUGUUCUCACCAACUCCAGGAACAGUGCCAUUCACUUGCUGCCAUUCCUGAUUAUGAGUUAUUCAGCAACUGGUAACAGUACAAGCCCUUUGAUUGUUCUUGACCAAUACGAGGGUAGUGGGAUCAGACUUGUCUGCAAAUCUGAGAAUGUGAGAUCUCCUGAGCUUCUGCAGCUGUCAUGGAUGGAUGGCAAAGGACGGGAACUUUCUGCUACUCCAACCACUCUGGGCAAAAGCAGCAUUGAAAAUUCUGUUCUUCUAGAAUGGGGUUCUGGGAGUGCUGUCUCCUGCAGAAUUACCAAUAAAUCUUCAAAUACACCAAUAGGAUCAACUUCCCUUGUAAUUGCAGAUAUCUUUUUCCCUUCCACCUCCCUCUGUAUGGUUGGCUUCUUCAUCAUUGCAGUACUUAUCAUCAAUGUCAUAAUUUUCACCUAUUUGAAACUAAACCACGAUCGUUGGAAGAUUGCUUUUUCAGAAAAUGAAAAGUUAGCAUUAGAGGAAGAAAAAGCAAAGCUUCAAAGGGAACUAGAGAAAGUAGAAGAAGAAACAAGAAAAGAAUUCAGGAAAGUGCAAGAAAAAUUUGCAAAAGCCAAGCAUGAACUAGAGUUCAGGAGGGCAUUGUCCUGUGCAGUUGAUGUCACUCUGGAUCCAAAAUGCACACAUGCCAAACUCAUCAUCAAAGAGAAGAAUAAAGUCAAAUAUAACCACUCCCCCUUCGAACAACCGAAAGAUCCCAAAGGACCUCUGAUUGCAGUGGCAAAUGAGGGGUAUAGUAAGGGGGAGAUGUACUGGGAGGUGGAGGUUGGACACAAAGGUGAGUGGGAGCUGGGAGUACUUCCUAUAACUGCAAGGAAAAGGCUGGAAGAGAAUCUGGAAAUGCCACUGGAGGAGGGAUAUAUUGGUAUACGAUGGUUCCAGGGUAAGUUUCAUUGCACUGGAGGAAAUAGCCUAACUGAUGGCCAGAAUGAAGAAUGUGAAGUUGUAGGUGUUUUUCUGGACAUGAAUGAGAACGUGCUGUCAUUUUAUAAUGUCCAGAAGAUGUGCCCUAUUCGGUCAAUCCCUUAUGAAUUCUCUGAAAAAAUGUAUCCAUUCUUCAAUCCUGGGAGUGAUGAUAGGUUCUUGGAAGUCCGAUCAGUAAGCAUCCCUAAAUGUUUAAUAUCCCUGUGAAAGAAAGUACUUCCCAUGUUUUCUACAUGUCACUGAGCCUUGUGUAACGACUGGUUUACACCUGCUACUUUGAUUUUGAUAUUUUUUUUACACCUAAUUACUCAUAGUUAAUGUAAAUUCUCCAUUAGGAAGCCUAACUUUUGCAGUGAGGUGUUCUGCCUGUGUUGCAAGUCAUCAUUGUUAGAUGUUGCUCCCAUCAGAUGAUAAUCAUAUGAACCAGCCUAAAGUGAUUGAUGGUGGGAGCGUUAUCCUGGAAACAGAAACCAAAGGGCAGGUAUCUGUUGUGGGUGUUACUAGAUCUGGAUCAGAAGAAGACAGGUUCAUUCUAGAAGCAGAAAAAAUGAGACAACCUUCUUGCUCUUUCAGCUACAGAAAGAAUAACAGACAUUUGGACUAGCUUAUUUUGUAUUGAUUUUGACCCUGGAGAGCACAUGUCACAAGUUACUAAUGUGUCUUGUCUCUUCAGAUAUGCAACAAGUUUGGGUUUUUUCCAGAUUGUUGGAUUUUGUUUUGUUUUGCAGAAUAUGCAAAACAUCCCACAGCCUCAAAAGCACAUGAUACUAUAAACAUUUCUGAAAUGCCAAAUUUCAUGGAUAAAACUGUGACCCUUUUCGGAAAAAAAUAUAAUAUGCACUACCAAGCACUGAACCAAGCCUUGGUGCUAUAUUGAGAGAAUGAUAGAUUGGUCAGCAAUUCUGUACAUAUCAGUAACUGGAGAAGUAGUAUGAAAUCUAUUGUUGAU